UUAUGGCUGCUGCUGUUGUUUUUUUUUUUAAUCGGAUUACAUCAAAGUUGUUUUGGUUUUAAUAUAGAAAAUUUUUUUAAAUAAAGUAGUAAACAUUUUAAACAUCAGUCAUAAUGUUGUUGAACUGCACACGCCUGAAACACGUUUGUACAACUUUACGGGUAUCCCAAAUUUAUAGCACGGGCACCAGAUUACCAAUCAGUUUAAUAAGCAUACAUAACGAACUAUUGCGGCAACCGCUGCUGCUGCUACGACGCCCAUACCAUCAACUAUUCCGAAUACGUCAGCCAGCCGCGGCUGCCGCACGCCAACUCCUCUCAAAUACAGCCGGAGGCGCAUCCCUAUCCGCAUCCUUGGCCUCCAGGUGGGUGGCACGACUACAGUGCAUUCGACGCUGUUUGACCACCAAAAAGAACGGGGCGCUAGUACAGCAUGCGCGUGGAGUGAGCACACCAGCUAAGCGGAUCAGAAUGGGCAGGACGGAGUACAAGCGUCUAUAUAAUUUGCUCAGGACUGAAAAAUGGGUGCUACUAGCGGGUCUCGUCUGCCUGAUUGUAUCCUCGUCCAUCACAAUGACCAUACCGUACUUUAUGGGAAGAGUGAUCGAUGUGGUAUUUAAAAGAAGUGGGGACUCUGUGGCACUGGAUAGAUUACGUGAAUAUUCAGUCAUGUUAUUCUGGAUAUUUGCACUCGGCGGAUUUGCAAAUUUUGCCCGUGUUUAUCUGUUCGGAUCGGCGUCAUUGCGUAUUGUGCGUAGACUACGUUCGCGCUUAUACAAAUCGAUGUUAUUGCAAGAAGUUGGUUGGUUCGAUUCGAAAGGUACCGGUGAAUUGGUAAAUCGUCUCAGCAAUGAUACAUAUUUUGUGGGCGUGUCAUUGAGUCAGAAUUUCUCGGAUGGUCUGCGUGCCCUUGCAAUGAUUGUUGUCGGCUCUGGCAUGAUGGUCUUUGAAUCACCGAAACUGGCAUUGGUUAGUGCCUUGGUUGUUCCCGCUCUUGCUGGCAUGGCCAUUGUUUAUGGCCGUUAUGUGCGACGCAUUACCAGGGCCGAAUUGGACAAAUAUGCUGAGAUUAUGAAAUUUGCCGAGGAGCGUUUUGGUAACGUGAGAACUGUGAAACUAUUCUGUCGUGAACAGAAGGAGGUCGAUGGCUUUAAUGGCAAGCUAGACGAGGCUUUGGAUAUUGGCUACAGGGAGACACGUGCCAGAUCCAUAUUCUUUGGCCUGACUGGUUUUUCCGGCAACUUUAUUAUAAUAUCUGUGCUGUAUUAUGGCGGCAUUCUUGUGCUAAGCAAUGAGCUAACAAUUGGCUCAAUGACCUCAUUUUUGAUGUACGCCGGUUAUGUUGCCGUGAACAUGAAUAUUCUAUCAAAUUUCUAUAGCCAGCUGAACAAGGGCAUUGGAGCAUCGGAACGUAUUUGGGAAAUCUUUGAUCGCAAAUAUGCCAUACCCAUUGAUAGUGGUAUUGUGCCGUUGACAAAACCAAUUGGUGAAAUCAAAUUUCAGAAUGUGGAUUUCACAUAUCCGUCGCGUGAUGAACAGAAGGUUUUAAAUGAUUUCAGUCUAACACUGCAUCCAAAUCAGACAACGGCCGUGGUUGGACGUUCCGGUUCCGGUAAAUCAACAAUAGCAUUGCUUAUGAUGCGUUUAUAUGAUCCACAAAUGGGCUCCGUAUAUCUGGAUGGCGUUGAUUUGCGUACAAUUAAUCCGCAAUGGCUGCGCAUGCAUAUUGGUGCCGUCAGUCAGGAGCCCGUACUCUUCUCCGGCUCCAUACGCACAAACAUUCUCUAUGGCAUCGAUGACAACGAACCGAAUCCGGAGGCGAGACUUCAACAGGCUGUGCACGAUUCAAAUGUCAUUGAAUUUACAAAGAAUUUACCUGAUGGCCUCGAAACAAUUGUUGGCCAACGUGGCAUGUUACUUAGCGGUGGCCAAAAGCAACGUGUGGCCAUUGCCCGUGCCCUAAUUAAGAAUCCCACAAUACUCGUACUAGAUGAAGCAACAAGUGCAUUAGAUUCGGUGUCAGAGCAACUGGUACAGUCAGCAUUGGAUAAACUCAUCGAGGGUCGCACAGUAUUGACAAUUGCCCAUCGUUUGAGUACGAUUCAUGGUGCUGAUAAGAUUGCCGUGCUCGAUGCUGGCCGUAUUAUUGAGCAGGGCAACUAUGAUGAACUGAUGGCGAAUCCGGAAGGUGCCUUUAGGGAACUGGUUUCUAUGCAGGCAUUUGGCACCGGACCACCACCACCACCACCAACGUAAAUUGACAAAGGUUUUUUAGGUUUUAGGUCAGUUCAAUGUGUUCAGCUACUCGGCGAGUACAAAAUUUAAGUUUUAUUUAAAAAAAAAGGAAACCCCCGCCUAAAAUUCGUUAGCUAUAACUAAUUUACAAGAAAUCUAUGGUAAAUUUCAGUUUGUAGUCGCGUAAAUUAUUGAAUCAUUUUCUAUCAAAAUCAUGUGUAAUUGCAUAUACGCAAAAGUUUCUUUUUUAACUUUGAAUAUGGAUUAUAUAUUGAGCAUGUUCUUAAAGGAGGCUAUCCCUUAAAGUUUAGUACGUUUAUAUAAAGACAUAAUAUUUUUGUAAUUUUGAGGCAGCUGUUAUUAUCGAAAUUAUCAAAAUCAGAACGUACCAAAUUGACAAAUAAUUAAUAAAGACGAGAGAAAACAGCGUU